AUGGAAAAGGUGAUGAACAUUCUGAAGCCGAAGCCAAAUCCGCAGCAACUAUUGAGGGAUUGGCAGCGCAGACUUCGCCAAGAGUGUCGUAACAUUGAGCGCCAAAUUCGUGAUAUACAGAGAGAAGAAAAAAAUGUGCAGAAGGCGAUCAAAGAAGCUGCAAAGAGGAAUGACAUGGGCUCUGCAAAGGCACUUGCCAAGGAACUUGUGAGAUCCAGGCAAACUGUUAACCGGCUUUAUGAAAAUAAAGCACAAAUGAAUUCAAUAUCGAUGCACCUUGGCGAGAGUGUUGCAAUUGCUCGUACAGUGGGACAUCUAUCAAAGAGUGCUGAGGUUAUGAAGCUUGUCAAUAACCUCAUGAAGGCUCCUGAAAUGGCUGUGACAAUGCAAGAGUUCAGCAAAGAAAUGACGAAGGCAGGAGUUAUCGAGGAGAUAGUAAAUGAUGCUGUGGACUCAGCACUAGAUUCCGAGGACAUAGAAGAUGAGAUAGAAGAGGAAGUCGAUAAAGUAUUGACAGAAAUAGCAGGCGAGACUGCCGCACAACUUCCUGAAGCUGUGAGGAAAGAAAGGGUGAAACAACCUGGCCAAAGUGUUGGAGCCUCAGAGGAAGAAGCUAUAGCGGAGGGUGUUGACGAUGAGGAAGAAAUGGAAGAAAUAAGGGCCCGACUUGCUAAAGUUAGAUCAUAA